UUAUACCACUAGGGUUUCUGCCCUCCCAAAACCCCCCAUUUCGGUUUUUUCUCUUAAUCAAAACCCCAUUUUCCCUUUCUCAACUCUCAGGCACUUGAAUGAGCAAAUCCCACUUUCCUGAUUCAAUGAUCAAAGCUAGAAAGCUAGCAGCAAGCUCUUCACUUUAUUAAGUAUUUUCUGUAAGUACCAUUUUCCUCACUCUGCCUCUCUCUCUCUCUCUCUCUCUAUCACACGACCAUAGUUUACAAGGAUUUCUACUUUUGUUUUGUAUCAGAAUAAGAAUUGAAUUUCUUCAGUCUGUUGUGUUUGAGAGAAAAGAGAGAAUCAAAAAGUUUGAAUAUUUUUUAGUCAUUUUAUGGGGAAAUCAGGAGGUAGAAAAAAGAAGGGUGGUUUAAAUGCAAACCAGGUUUCAGUUGAUAAUAAUUCUAGUAAUAAAAAUUCACAUGUUAAUGGCGGUGUUGACUUAGACUCUUCUGUGUUUUUGAAAAGAGCCAAUGAGCUCAAAGAAGAAGGCAAUGUCAAGUAUCAAAACAAGGACUAUAUGGCUGCUCUUCAACUCUAUGAUAAUGCUCUUAGGCUUAUCCCCAAAACCCACCCUGACCGAGCUGUCUUUCACAGCAAUAGAGCUGCUUGUUUGAUGCAAAUGAAACCCAUUGAUUAUGAUGCUGUUAUUGCUGAGUGUAAUAUGGCAAUCCAGGCUCAGCCUCUCUAUGUUCGAGCCCUUCUUCGAAGGGCUCGAGCCUUUGAGGCUGUUGGAAAGUAUGAAAUGGCUAUGCAGGACGUGCAACUUCUUUUGGGGGCUGAACCCAAUAACAAGGAUGCUUUGGAGAUUGACCGGAGAUUAAGGACUGCAUUGGGUCCUCGUCUGGAGGCUCAGCAAGACCUCCAGAGCCGGCCCUCUCCUGCUGCACUUGGGGCUUCUGCUGUUCGUGGUGCACCAAUUGCUGGCCUUGGGCCUUGCUUACCUGCUCGUCCAGUGCCUAAGAAGACAUCGACAUCACCUCCUCGAGGAUCAGCUGUAUCACCAAAUAAUAAGCUGGAUAAGCACCAAAUGAAUGUAGCACAUGAAACUGGUUCCAAAAACAAGAACCAGUUGCCAAAACUCGUGCUGAAGCCUUCGAGUGGUUCUUCAAAAGCAACUGAUAAUCCAAAUAAGGAUGGCCUGAGAGAAAAGUCUUUUUCCACUUCUAUGCGUGGGCAGGUUCCUGAGGUUGCAAUUCAAUGGAGGCCAUUGAAACUUGUUUACGAUCAUGACAUUAGGCUUUCUCAAAUGCCGGUUAAUUGCAGCUUCAAAGUGUUAAGAGAGAUUGUGAGCAAACGUUUUCCUUCAUCCAAGUCAGUUUUGAUCAAAUAUAAGGAUAAUGAUGGAGAUUUGGUGACUAUUACUUGCACAACAGAACUCAGAUUGGCCGAGUCUUCUGUAGAUGCUCUUGUUCCAAUAGAGCCUGAAGCCGAUAAAACUAGUGGAUUCAGAACGUUGAGAUUGCACAUUGUUGAGGUGAGUCCAGAGCAAGAGCCUCCACUACCGGAAGAAGAGGAGGAGAAGCCUUUGGAGAGCCAGGGAGCUAAGUCAGAUGAAAGUGUGUCGCACUCGUCUCUUGGUGAUUCUGUUUCAGAAGGUGUUGAUGUGGAGAUUGAAAAGACAGAGAAAGAAGCUUCAAAGAGGAAAAUUGGGGCUACCGAAGAUCCAGAGUGCAAGGAAGUGGAGAUGGAUGAUUGGCUUUUUGAGUUUGCUCAGCUUUUCCGCACCCAUGUUGGUAUUGACCCGGAUGCUCAUAUUGAUUUGCAUGAGCUUGGAAUGGAGCACUGUUCAGAGGCUCUUGAGGAGACGGUUACAAGUGAGGACGCUCAAAUCCUCUUUGACAAAGCAGCUGCUAAGUUCCAGGAGGUGGCUGCUUUGGCUUUCUUUAAUUGGGGAAAUGUUCAUAUGUGUGCUGCAAGGAAACGGAUUCCCUUAGACGAGUCUGCCGGGAAGGAGGUAGUGUCAGAGAAACUUCAAACAGCGUACGAUUGGGUUCGUGAAAAGUAUUCUUUGGCAAGAGAGAAGUAUACUGAAGCACUCUCGAUCAAGCUGGACUUUUAUGAAGGGUUGCUAGCAUUGGGACAGCAGCAAUUUGAAAUGGCUAAACUUAAUUGGUCUUUUGCACUUGCAAAGAAAAUAGACCUCUCAACAUGGGAUCCUGCGGAAACACUUCAACUUUUCAACAGUGCAGAGGAGAAGAUGAAAGACGCAACAGAAAUGUGGGAGAAGUUGGAGCAGCAGAGAGUAAAUGAGUUGAAGGAUCCAAAUUCAAGCAAGAAGGAAGAGUUGUUGAAGAGAAAGAAGAAACUGGGAAGCGGUGCUGAAAAUGAGUUCCCAGGAACAGGUAAUCAGUGUGAGCUUUCAGCCGAAGAAGUAGCAGAACAAGCAGCUGUGAUGAGAUCACAAAUACAUCUUUUCUGGGGCAACAUGCUCUUCGAACGAUCCCAAGUUGAAUGCAAAUUAGGAAUGGAUGGUUGGAAAAAGAAUCUCGAUACUGCCGUUGAACGCUUCAAGCUUGCCGGCGCAUCUGAAGCUGACAUUUCUACAGUUUUGAAGAAUCAUUGCUCAAAUGGAGAUGCAGUUGAAGGUGAUGAAAAGAAGGUAGUUGGAGAUGUGAAUCAAAUAUCUGACAAGUAAAUACAAAAUUGGUAUUUACCAUAAUCCAUGUGAUAGCUUUAGUGAAUGAAAAGUGCAUUUUUCCUCAUCUACUUGCAAAUGAACAAUUGGGUCCCUAUAUUGAUGAGUGUUGUACUUGAAAGAUUUUGGGUUUCGAGGUUAUGUUUACUCUGACCCCUUUUUUUCAUUUCCUUGAAUAUUGUUUGGACACCAUUGAGCCUUGCAAUAAACUACUUCAUUUGAUUUCA